AUGGAGACGGAGUUGGAGUCUUCAGAUCCCGCGGAGCAUCAGAGCGCUCCAGCUCUACUGCCACAUGAUGACGGCCAGACUACCAUUCUCCCUACCCAGCACCUGCCGGGCGUCGACUGUGGUGCACAUCUCAAGACAGAUGGCGAAAAGCUCGUUGCGAAUGACAGCAACAUGGAAGGUCGCGAACCUCGCAAGCCCGCUGGGUCAUACUCCACAGACCGAUCAGCAGAGGAUGGCGGUCAUGUAGAUCCUUCCACGAAGAGCAACACCACUCAAGACUUCGACCGCGAACCGGCCGACCGAACACUGGAGAGAGUACACACUGCUCCCGUGGAUAGCACACAGAGACCGAAGCCUUCUGGAAGGAGCUCGACACUUCGACAAGCUCUCACACGUCGGCAACAGAAUCCUGAGGGAUUUCAAUAUGCAUUCGACCCCAUGUCCUCCGAGUCCGAGUCCACAUCCUCAGAUGAGGGAGAGAAGGCCCCGAAGGCCGGGCAGCGUCGCAAGCCAAAGAGAGCGCAGAGCGCGGCGGAAUUGAAGGAGGCCAAGCAAGAGAAAGAGAAUGCGAAGCAGGGACGAUCAUACUCUCGCUUCAAGUUGGGGAAUGAACACUUCAACACCCGAGGCAAGGUCUCCGAGAAAGACGGUCGCUUGGAUAUUUCCAUCAACGAGACGGCGAAUAGUGGAUACCUCGCCAAAGCACUUGGACAGACCAUCAAGCAUCACUUGGACAUUCCCAAUCGGCAGCGGGUGCGGAAGCAGCGGCAACAUGCGGCAGAUCAUCCUACGUUGGAUGCUGGAGCAGAGGCAGAGAGGAUUGCUUCGUCACUGCAUACUACUAUCAAGAGGCCUGCGAUGAACGUGGUGAUUAUGGUGAUAGGCAGUCGCGGCGACAUCCAACCCUUCCUCAAGAUUGGCAAGAUUCUGCGGGAGCAAUACGGACACAGAGUACGGUUGGCAACGCACCCGAUAUUCCGAGACUUUGUUGAAAAGGAAACGGAUCUCGAGUUCUUCUCCGUUGGAGGCAAUCCGUCUGAGUUGAUGGCGUUCAUGGUCAAGAAUCCAGGGCUAGUACCCGGACUCGAGACAAUCCGGGAAGGCGAGAUUGGACGGAGACGACGUAUGAUGGGCGAGAUGUUCUCUGGCAUGUGGCGUGCCUGCACCAAUGCCACGGACGACGAGAGCGACCCGAACAACCUGAAGACGCUGGGAGAGGGAUAUCCGUUUGUCGCGGACGCCAUCAUUGCGAACCCGCCGUCGAUGGCGCACGUUCACAUCGCCGAGCGACUCGGCAUACCGCUUCACAUCAUGUUCACCUUUCCCUACUCGCCCACGCAAGCGUUUCCGCAUCCGCUUGCGAACAUCAAGCAGGGCAAGAGCAAUGUGGAUGCGAGCUACGCCAAUUUCAUGUCUUAUCCUCUGGUCGAGAUGAUGACAUGGUCGGGUCUUGGUGAUAUUGUCAACAAGUUCCGGCAGCGCGAUCUAGGACUCGAGCCUGUCAGUUCGUUGUGGGCGCCAGGUGCUCUGUAUCGCAUGAAAGUACCGUACACUUACAUGUGGAGUCCAUCGCUGGUCCCGAAGCCCAACGACUGGGGCCCAGAGAUCGAUAUAUCUGGGUUUGUCUUCAUGGAGCUGGCACAGAACUUCGAGCCGCCGCAAGACUUGGUCGACUUCCUGGAUGCAGGCGAGCCACCCGUCUACAUAGGAUUUGGCAGUAUUGUGGUGGAUGACCCGAACAGCUUCACAAACAUCAUCAUCGACGCGGUGAAGAUUGCUGGAGUACGUGCUCUUGUGAACAAGGGGUGGGGAGGGCUGGGAACGAGCAACGAGAACACUCCGGAUAGCAUCUUCAUGCUGGGCAACACUCCGCAUGACUGGCUCUUCCCCAAGUGCAAGGCCGUGGUGCAUCAUGGCGGAGCAGGUACCACUGCGAUUGGACUGAAGUGCGCAAAGCCGACCAUGAUUGUCCCCUUCUUUGGCGAUCAAGCGUUCUGGGCCGCACGGGUGGCGGAAGCGAAAGCUGGAGCACAUCAGGUGAUUCCCUGGAGACAGAUGACUGCUGAGAAGCUUGCCGAGGGCAUCAAACAGUGCCUUACGGACGAAGCCCAACGUAAUGUACAGAAGAUGGCAGACGGCAUGGCGAAGGAAGGGGAUGGAGCAGUGAAUGCCUGCAAGAGCUUCCAUCGCAGCCUUCCCCUCGCCGGCAAGCAUAACAUGCGCUGUUCGAUUCUUGAGGACCGGGUGGCGAAGUGGACCCUGAAAGGAUCUACAAUGCGGCUAUCCGCUCUGGCAGCGGAGAUACUGAUACAGCAAGGCAAGGUCAAGCCCGGUGAUCUGAAGCUGUAUCGCGUGUAUUCAUGGAACGAUUUCGAUGGACCGGGCGAGCCAAUCAGCGGUACUGUCGGUGCGUUGACGGAUUCGUUCACGGAGAUUGGCAGUGGCGUCGGGAUGGUACCUAUCCGAGUUGCGAGGCACAUGAGGAAACGCGCGGAGCACCAGCGCAAGAAGCUGGAGGUGCAACAGAGGAAACAGAAGCGGCAAGAAGAGAAGCAACAGCGAAGGGACGGCAAAGCUGGGGCUGUAGAUGGCAGCAAUGAUCCGCGACCGCAGGCCACGAGAGAAAAUACCAACACCACCACGGGAUCAGCUCUGUCAGCAGAUCCGACUACACCAUGGGCGAUGGAGCUCGUGCGAGACUUUGGCGAAGGGUUCAAGCGCUCGGGUACCGCUUUAUUGACGAUGCCCAAUGAUCUUCACGUGGCGAUUGCGCAGGGCUUUCACAAUGCCCCGCGUCUGUGGGGUGAUGCGACUGUGCGAAAGCCCAUGCGGAUCACUGGCUUUAAGAGUGGCUGCGUGGCCGGGGGCAGAGAGUUGGGCUACGGAAUCUACGACGCAUGGACGGGCCUCGUUACGCAACCGGUUGGUGGGUUCAGGGACGGGGACACGAUACCCGCGAAGGUCAGCGGCUUCGGGAUGGGGUUCGCGAAGGGUCUCGGAGGGUUCGUACUCAAGAACGUGAGCGCAGUGGUCUCCCCGCCGGCGUGUGUCGGCAAGGGGGUAAUUGUUUACGUGAAGAAGAGAGCAGAAGGAGAUGGCCCGAGCUCCAAGGCCGCGAUGCGCAAAGCACAUCUGGUACUCGGGCAGAUCGACUACAAGCGACUGCAGGAGGAGGGGAAGCGAGAGCAACUGGAGCGUAUCCGGGAGCGCGUGUCGGAAGGGUGGAGGGUGUACGAGGAGAUAUGGGAGGAAGCAGCGCACGAGUACGGACCGGUGGGCGGCAAUGUCAUUGGGCGAAUGAAGCUGGGUCGGGAGAAGCGACGUUGGGCAGAAGCGGGUGCGCUGGAGAAUGUCGACACGGCGAAGGAUGCGCUCGCGGCGUUCAAGAGAGGAGUGGAUAUGCAGCGGCACUUGGCGCGACGAAAGGAAGAGAUGCAGCUGGCUGAGGAGCCGAGGGCACCGGCGAUGGAGCAGCCUCUGUCGUAUGAGGAGGGAGAGGAUGUCUUGCCGAACGGACGACGAAUGCUGCGGAAGACUGAGGCCGAAGAUGGAGGGGAGAAGAAGAAGAAGAAGGGCGGCGAAUGGGAAGAUGCAGCAGGGCAGCAUGCGGCGCCAAGGGAGCAUCGAGGGUCGGAGAGCACAGUCGUGGCCACGUCGGAGGACAGCGCAGACGAGAUGAAGAAGCACCAUCUGCCCGCGGCUGAUGACCACCAUCAUCCAUCGGAUACGGAGCAUGGGGAUGUGAUGGCGAUGAAGAAGCUGGCUGCGAGCGGAGGUGGACCAGAGCAGCAGACGGUGCGCAGUGCCAUGGUGUAA